CUGAGACCAGCGAAGAAGAGGGAGGGGAGGCGAGCAGCAUGUCGUCGGUUCAGGUGGCGCCCACGCGCAUGGCGCUGACGAUCUUCAAGGGCAAGCGUGUUGGCGCGAAGAAGGGGUUUGAGCUGCUGAAGAAGAAGGCGGACGCGCUGAAGAUGCGCUUCCAGGCCAUGCUGCGCGAGAUCCAGAAGACCAAGAUGUCCAUGUCCACGGAGGCGUCCGAGGCCUUUUUCUCGCUCACGCAGGCGCAGUACGCGGCCGGCGACUUCCGCAACAAGGUCAUCGAGUCGGUGAGCACGGCCGAGAUCCGCACGCAGAACCGCAUCGACAACGUUGCCGGCGUGAAGCUGCCGGUGUUCACGGAGGUGGAAGUCAGUCGCGAGAAGAGCGAGAACAUUGGUCUGGCCGGCGGAGGUGGCAAGAUCCAGAACUGCCGCGAGAAGUUCCGCGUGCUGCUGCGUGCGCUCAUUAAGCUCGCGUCGCUGCAGACCUCGUUCGUGACGCUGGAUGAAGCCUUGAAGGUGACCAACCGCCGCGUGAACGCUUUGGACAAUGUGACGAUUCCUCGCAUUGAGAAGACCAUUUCGUACAUUACGAGAGAGCUGGACGAACUCGAGCGCGAGGACUUUGUGCGUAUCAAGAAGGUGCAGGCGAACAAGCAGGAGCACCAGAAGGCGCUGCUGGCGAGGGAAGCUGCCGAGGGUGCCAAGACGGACAAGCCUGCGUCUGCCUCCUUGGACGACGACCCGUUCGCGGACGUUGUGGCGUCGGACCGCGACAUCCUCGCCCAGUACGAGCCGUCUGCCGACGCAGACGUGGUGUUCUAA